GUGCAGAAGACCCCGGAACAUAGAUAACAAGAAGGAGAAGGAGCAGGUAACUUAUAAGUAUGUCUGGAAGUAAAGGGAGAACGAAGAAAAAGGCAAUACCGAUUGACACUUCAUCUGACAGCCUUCCUGUGCGGUCUUCAGUCCGGCAGGUGAAGAAGAAGGCAAGUGAAGCAUUUGAUGAUGAUGAUGAUUUCUCAGAGAAGAAAUACAGAAAGUGUGAAAAGGCGGGAUGCACAGCAACAUGUCCAGUGUGUUUUGCUAGUGCUGCUGAAAGAUGUGCUAAGAAUGGUUAUACAUCAAGAUGGUAUCAUCUUUCCUGUGGGGAGCAUUUCUGCAAUGAAUGCUUUGACCAUUACUAUAGGAGUCACAAGGAUGGUUAUGACAUAUAUGCUUCUUGGAAACGAAUAUGGACAAGUAAUGGUAAAAGUGAACCAAGUCCCAAAGCUUUUAUGGCUGACCAGCAACUUCCUUACUGGGUACAGUGUACAAAACCUGAAUGUGGAAAGUGGCGUCAGUUGACAAAAGAGAUUCAUUUAACAAUACAAAUGGCGAAAACAUACAAAUGUGGCAUGAAACUAAACUCAAUGAAGGCUGAGGGGCCAGAUCAGUGCACCAUGCCAGAAGACCUGGAGGUGCUCACAGCGCAGACAUGUGCUCAUCAUAUAAUGGUAAGGGGCCUGGUUCGCAUCCGUUGUGUACAGGAGAUGGAAAGGAUUCUCUACUUCAUGACUAGGAAAGGACUGGUUAACACUGGAGUUUUGUCUGUUGCACCUGGCCAGUACCUACUUCCAGAAGAAUACCACAAUAGGUCUGUGAUUGUCAUCGGGGCAGGACCAGCAGGACUGGCUGCUGCUCGAGAACUACAGAACUUUGGAAUCAAGGUGAUGAUCUUAGAAGCAAGAGACAGGAUCGGUGGCAGAGUCUGGGAUGAUAAGUCUUUUAAAGGAUUCACUGUGGGAAAAGGAGCACAGAUUGUGAAUGGCUGCAUAAACAACCCUAUUGCAUUAAUGUGUGAGCAAGUAUCUGCUCGUUCUUGGGACCACAAUGAAUUCUUUGCUCAGUUUUCUGGAGAUCACACAAUGUUAACUGCUGGGUACUCAGCAAUAAUGGAGAAAUUGGCUGAAGGACUUAAUAUUCGACUCAGGUCACCUGUCAGAAAGAUUGAUUACACCGGUCCAGAAGUUAGUUUAACAACAUCAGAUGGGAAGACAUACAGUGCACAAAAGGUUUUGGUCACAGCACCCCUGGCAAUCCUUCAGAAAAAUGUUAUUCAGUUUAAUCCUCCUUUACCGGAGAAAAAGGUGAAGGCCAUCAACAGUCUAGGAGCUGGGGUUAUUGAAAAGAUUGCCGUGCAAUUUCCUUAUAGGUUUUGGGACAGUAAGAUUCAAGGAGCCGACUUUUUUGGUCAUAUCCCUCCUGAUUCUAGUAAACGUGGUCUUUUUGGGGUGUUUUAUGACAUGGAUCCACAGGGUAAACAUGCUGUCCUGAUGUCUGUCAUUACGGGAGAUGCAGUGCUUACCAUUAAGGAUAUGGAUGAUAAGCAAGUAAUGAAGCAGUGCAUGGUAGUCCUCAGAGAGAUAUUUAAAGAACAGGAAGUACCAGUCCCAGUAAAAUACUUUGUUACACGGUGGGGUAAAGACCCUUGGGCACAGAUGGCAUAUAGUUAUGUAAAGACUGGUGGAAGUGGAGAAGCUUAUGACAUAAUAGCUGAAGAUAUCCAGGGGAAAAUAUUUUUUGCAGGCGAGGCUACAAAUCGCCAUUUCCCACAGACUGUAACUGGAGCUUAUCUAAGUGGUGUGCGAGAGGCGAGCAAAAUCACAGUUUUUUAAACUGGACUCACUUUUCCACUCCUUUUUCUAUUUUUAUAUAUAUUUUUGAAGAAACCGCUCAAGCUGCGUUUUUACCAGCAACAUUUGUUUACAACAUUGGUUAUUUUAU